UUCACUUGUUAGUCUUUUUAUUUUAUUCUUUUCAGGAAAAAAUAAAACAACAAGUUGACAUAUACAUAUUUCCAGGACUGUCACCAUGAGGAGGAGUGAAGUCCUAGCUUCAGAGUCUGUGGCAUGCCUCAAUAAGGCACUGGGUCGCUUAAAGGACAUUUGGGAGGAAAUUGGAAUCCCAGAGGAUCAGCGGUUACAGAGGACAGAAGUGGUUAAGAAACACAUAAAAGGUUUGCUGGACAUGAUGAUUGCUGAGGAGGAGAACCUCAGGAAGCGACUAAUGAGCAGCAUUGAGAUGUGUCGCAAAGAGCUGGACAGCUUGUGUGGGGAACUUCAUCUGCCCCCAUUUGAGGAGGAAGAGGGCAGUACUAUGCUGCAGCUGGAGAAGGACAUUCGCACACGGCUGGAAGUUAUGAUGAAACAGAAGAGCCAACGCAUGCAGGAGCUGAAGACCCUUCAGGAGCAGGACCAGGAGCUGUGUGAUAUUUUGUGUACAAGUUCCUACAGCAUCGACUACAAUGUUGUCCCCACCCUGGAGGAGCUGGAGACUUUCCGCAAACACAUCGCUGGCCUUACUGCAGAGAAGGAACGGAGGCAUAAGGAGUUUGUUGGAAUUAAAAAGCAGAUCAUACUGUGCAUGGAGGAGCUAGAACAGCUGCCUGACACUAGUUUCGAGAGGGAUGUGGUGUGUGAGGACGAGGACGCUUUCUGUCUAUCCAAGGAGAACAUCAAAGCGCUGAAACUGCUCCUUAACCAGCUGGAAGACCGCAAGGCAGAGAACGAGGCGGUCUGUAAUGCUUACCGCAGGCAAAUCCAGGAGCUGUGGGACAGGCUGCAAAUUCCCGAGGAACAAAGAGAUGCCCUCUCUGAGCAUAUGAUCAGUUCCAAGAAGAAGAACAUGGAAGCGCUGGAAGCUGAAGUCCAGCGCCUUGAGCAGCUGAAGCUUGAGAACCUCCGCAGUGUCAUAGAGGCCAUCCGAGCUGAGCUGGCCUCCUUGUGGGACAAGUGUUUCUUGAGUAAAAUGGAGCGGCAGGCUUUCACCCCAUACUAUGAUGAGAACUUCACUGAGGACCUCUUGAAGUUACAUGAUGCUGAGGUCAUGCGUCUUAAGCAGCACUUUGAGGACCACAAGGAGCUCUUUGAGGGGGUUCAUAGAUGGGAAGAGAGCUGGCAACUCUUCCUGGAACUAGAGAAAAGGGCAACAGAUCCCUCGAGAUUCAACAAUAGAGGGGGAAAUCUUCUGAAAGAGGAGAAGCAAAGAGCUGACUUGCAGAAAAACUUGCCAAAGCUGGAAAAGAUUCUGAAGGCCCAGAUCGAUGUAUGGGAGCAGGAGCAGGGCCGGGAGUUCCUUGUCAAUGGACAGAAGUUCUUGCGCUUUGUGGAGGAGCAGUGGGAGCUCCACCGGACCGAGAAGGAGAGAGAACGAAUGGAGCGGCAAAUGAAGAAAAGCAAGCAGAUUGAGGAGGACAUGAUGUAUGGCACGGCUGUCCGAACCCCAUCUAAACGGAGGCUUGGGGGAAACAAUACACCUGGAAAAACACGAAAGCUCAACUUCACCUCCAGUAUCUCUGGUGCUACCCCUAACAGCACUAUGCGCUCUGCUUUUGGAGGAACUGUCUGUCACUCGCCAAUGUCCCGCCCACCUCUUUCAGCAAAGCCUGGGUUCUCUCUGCGGACACCACAGCGCACCAAGCCUCUCCAUGGUGGCCUUCUAGAGCGCAACAAGGAGAACAUUGCACAGACCCCCAGAACCAUCCCGAGUGGUGCGUUGAGGACCAAGGCUAGUCCACAGUGUAACUUCAGCAUAAACUCUGUCGCCAGCACCUAUUCUGAAUUUGCGAAAGAACUGGUCAGCAUUGAAUCAUCUAUCCAUCACAGCAAGAACUCACAAAGGCCUCCAAAUCUAACUUCAGGACAGGAGUGUUGAACUCAACAAUCACUCAUCUCUGACACAAGGAGGGAGACAGCAAUGCUCUCUCAAUGGGAUCCUAUUCCUACUACUUCCC